AUGGCAGCCAUGCAUCACCCAGACAUUGAUGAGUGUGCAGAAAAUGGAAAUAUCUGUGAUCCCAAUUCUGACUGUGUGAACAAUAUUGGGUCUUACAACUGCUACUGCCACCUCGGUUACCAAACACCUAAUGACACCAUGCCUAGCCCUUCAAACCCCUGUCAAGACAUCGAUGAGUGUUUGACAGACAUCUGCGGACCCAACUCCACCUGUACUAACACUGUAGGGAAUUACACCUGCGCCUGUGAACAGGGAUUCGAUGUGUACUACAAGGCCCUUGUGAUCAGUCCUGUGAACCCCUGUCUAGAUGUGGACGAAUGUGUCACAUAUGAAUGUGGUUCUGAUACUGUGUGCUACAACACUCCAGGAAGCUACUACUGUACCUGUAAGGAAGGGUACAUUCCCACAACUGGACUUACCUGGGAGUUUGAUGUUACUGAGUGCAAGAUUCUGAUGUCAGUCAAUGGGAUGGAGAAGCUCAUGAAUGUCGAUUUCUUUAAGAGCGAAAAUGUCACGGAGAUAUAUUCUGACAUCAUCACCGCCACACUGCCUAAGACGAAACACAAGGAGCUCCCUGAGCCUGUCAACUUCACUGUGUACCACAAGAAGAAGUUCCAGGCUGGGCUGGUUACCUGUGUGUACUGGAAGGAACAGGGGGAGGAGACUCACUGGUCAGUGGAUGGGUGCACAGCCUCCUUCUCCAAUGAGACCCAUACAGUAUGCAGCUGUACCCACCUCUCCACUUUCGCCCUCCUCCUGCAGACGGAAGAACAGGAAGAGGACAGUGCUCUGCUGGAGGCGGUGAACCUGUUCUGUAUGAGUGUGGGUCUGGCCUUCCUCGCCCUCGCCAUCCUCACAUUCCUGCUGUGCACAUGGAACCCUAAAAUCAACAACACUGCCCGCCUCCACCUCAGUAUCUGCCUCUUCUUGGGUCACCUGCUCUUCCUUGUGGGCGUGUCUCGCACUGAGAAUGCGGUGGUGUGUGCAGUCAUUGCAGGCACACUGCACUUCCUCUUCCUGUCCAGCUUUGUGUGGAUGCUGCUGGAGACUCUGCAGCUCUUCCUGCUGGUCAGGAGCCUGUCCAAAGUGCAGGUCAUCCAUAAGGAGGGGCUCAGGGCACUGUACCUCCUGCUGAUUGGCUACGGAGCUCCCCUGGUGGUGGUGGGAGUGUCUGCAGCAGUGUUUUCAGACGGCUAUGGCAACAAAGACGCGUGCUGGUUGUCAACAGAUCGAAACUUCCGCUGGAGUUUUAUUGGUCCAGUGUGUGCCAUAAUUUCACUCAACUUCAUCUCAUUUUGUGUGAUCCUCUGGAGCCUGCGGCCUACUCUAGCCAACAUGAAGAGCGACGUCUCCCAGUCGAGAGACACCAGGCUUAUUAUGUUCAAAAUUGUUGCCCAGUUUCUCAUUUUGGGGUGCACCUGGAUCCUGGGAUUUUACCAGAGAACCUCUAUGUUAAAAUACCUCUUCGUCAUCCUCAACUCACAGCAGGGCACCUUCAUCUUCAUCGUUCACUGUCUGCUCAACAAAGAGGUGCGUGAGGAGUACAAGAGGUGGUUCUCAUGUCUGCUUAGAACAAAGGAGCCAUCAGGAAGCAGGGGUUCUCCUAAUAGCGUAGCUACUGUUAAAAAAUGA